GGAAACAUAAAGUAGCCGCGUCGUUGUCGUCAUUCUUAUCAUCAUCAUCAUCGUCGUCGUCGUCGUCGUCGUCAUCGUAUUCAUCGCGGGUGUACUGUCGGUGUUCCGAUGGAUCCACCGACGCUGUCCUCCACCUCCUGAGCGGGUCGCCAUCGCCUACAAGAGGAGCUGGUGGGUCAUCGGACGUCACUGGGCGCGCGGACGUCGGUCAGUGGAGACUGGGGAGGAACUUGCGAGCCAGAGGAAGUAGCCACAGAAGCAGCAGAACUGCAGUCUUCCUGCAGACGCGAUGCUCUUCACACGGCGGAGACGACGCCAACUCUUAGCUCCUCUUCCUGUUGACUCUCUUAUUAUCAUAAUAAUAAUAUUAAUACUCAUCAUUAUCAUCGUGCUUUUACCACACACCGCGGUGCAACCUGCUACAGCAGCUGCAGUCAUCGGACAAUGCCCGUGGCCUGCCCGGCAGUGCCUAGCAGCAACGCAACUCCUGUCAGCACAAGCAAAACUCCUGCACCAUCACCACAACACAGUUGCAUCACACUACUGCUGUUCGUCUUGAUACUCCCCAUGAUUACGUCUGGUUCGUCGGAUUGGUACCGGAAUUCCUCCUCGCCGCUCCAGAUGCUGAACCCCUGGCUGUCGGCGUGCGACCUCGUGGACCCGUCGAGUGCGCCAGAUCUGCAGGGCGUCUGCUUGGUUACUUCAACAACCAUGGUGCCCGCCCCAGCACCCACCACAGAUAAUAACCGCGACAGUAAUAAUAAUAAUAAUAAUAAUAAUAAUGAAAAUGGUAAUAGUAAUAAUGUUAAUAAUAACGUGCACCAGAACUGUAGGGUCAACGGAGACAUCUCGGAAGGGCCAGGCCCGCCCCCAGUGUGUCCGUGUGAUUGUGAGGACGUCGGCUCCAUACACUCAACAUCAACAACUACUCCUCAUCAAAAUACUAAUCAGUGCCUUGAUUAUUUGAAUGAAUCGCACAAAAAAUCCGUGUGUGGGAGUAGCCUGACGCCAAGUGAAAGACAGAGCGCCCUUAAAGGGCUCCGGUUCGAACACUGCUGCGAGCACACGGUGGCGGCGUCUCUGGGCGCCGAGGCGCGCGACAAGGUUAUCUUCGGGAACGACAGGCAGACUUGCGAGACGUAUAUGGACGCACUGCUGGAGCUGGAAGCCCUGGCUAAGAGCAUCACAUGCAAAUUUUCUGAGGUCUUGAAGCGAUACGACUGCAGCCAGCCCUACUCCGUCAACUUCCAGUGUGCAGAUUGCAAGUAAUGUUGCAGAUGCGCGAUUCGUGACGCAGGGAAGGAACUAUUUCGUAACAGAGCCAACUGCGGUGCCGGGCGAGAACAUCGAGAGCAUUGCACGCGAUCAUCUUUGAUUCAACGGCACUCGGACACCAGAGUGAGGAACAUCCACUGGUCCACGUCCCUGACAUCGGGAAUCUGCACGGGAGACUAAUACUUACGACUUCGGUUCUUAUAAAUGUAUUCUCUUUAGAGCCAUGAACACCCCUGAACACAGCCGAAUAUACUCGGUUCUAUGGCUGUUGGUAUAUAAAUCAGCACUUUUCACAGACUUAAGAUCGGUACAAACACUUUCUCAUUCAAUUCGCUUUAUUGGUUUUCAAAGUUAGUUUAAAAUUCUGCCUAACCAUAGACGCUGUAAGUCCGUAAGUUUCUGGUGUAACCUGCCAUCACAAUUUCACAGGAGCCCACCCUCAGCUAAUUUGAACUUCAUUAACGACCC